AUGGCGUACGAGGAAGCCAUUGCCCAACUUUCGAAGCUCUUGAGUGAGAAACCCGACCUCAAAGGCAUGGCCGGCGCAAAGAUCAAGCAGAUAACCGCCGAGUUGGAGAAGGCCGCCGGUUCGAAGCAGUUGGACCCGGUGGAGAGAAUCCAAACCGGGUUCGUUCACUUCAAGACGGAGAAGUUUGAGAGACAUGUCGACUUAUACGGCAAGCUUGCCACCGGCCAAACCCCCAAGUUUAUGGUUUUUGCAUGCUCAGAUUCUCGAGUGUGCCCUUCCCACAUCCUUAACUUUCAGCCUGGGGAGGCCUUCGUGGUCCGAAACGUCGCCAACAUGGUCCCUUCAUGCAACAAAACACACUACUCCUCAGUUGGGGCGGCAGUUGAAUACGCCGUGCUACGUUUGAGAGUGGAGAACAUUGUGGUUAUGGGACACAGCCGCUGCGGCGGUAUAAAAGGGCUCAUGUCGAUCCCGGACGACGGGGGCCGUGACGGUGACGACGAGUUUGUUGAGAGUUGGGUCAAAAUAUGUGCACCUGCAAAGGCCAAGGUUAAGUCAGCUCAUAGUGAUCUAAGUUUUGCAGAGCAGUGCAAAGUCUUGGAGAAGGAGGCUGUGAAUGUGUCACUUGGGAACUUAUUGACGUACCCAUUUGUUAGAGAGGCCGUUGCGAACAAUACUCUUUCUCUUCAGGGUGGAUACUACGACUUCGUUAACGGUAGUUUCCAGUUCUGGCAUUUUGAUUUCAACACUGCACCCAAAUUGUAUGCAUCAUAA